UUUCCAGUGCAGCAGGGUUUCUGGUGGGAGAACACGGCCGUGGCGUGGCCACUGCCGCUGUUGGCGCGGCCCGCUCCUGUGUUUGCAGUGGCAGGACCCACGCCGCUCUCCGUCCCACUCGGCGCCAGCUGUUACGAGUCAUACCAGGUGAUGAAGAUGAGGCCGAAGGACCUGUGGAAGAGACUGAUGGUGAAGUUCCGUGGAGAGGAGGGCCUUGACUACGGCGGGGUUGCCAGGGAGUGGUUGUAUCUUUUAUCUCAUGAGAUGCUGAACCCAUACUACGGCCUCUUCCAGUACUCCAGAGAUGACAUUUACACACUGCAGAUCAACCCUGACUCAGCUGUCAAUCCGGAGCACCUGUCGUAUUUCCACUUCGUGGGCCGGAUCAUGGGCAUGGCGGUGUUCCACGGCCACUACAUCGACGGCGGCUUCACGCUGCCCUUCUACAAGCAGCUGCUGGGCAAGCCCAUCACCCUGGACGACAUGGAGUCCGUGGACCCCGACCUGCACAAGAGUCUCGUCUGGAUCCUGGACAAUGACAUCACGGGCGUGCUGGACCACACCUUCUGCGUGGAGCACAACGCCUACGGUGAGAUCAUCCAGCACGAGCUCAAGCCCAACGGCAAGAGCGUGCCCGUCAGCGAGGACACCAAGAAGGAGUACGUCAGGCUGUACGUCAGCUGGAGGUUCCUGCACGGCAUUGAGGCUCAGUUCCUGGCCUUACAGAAGGGCUUCAACGAGGUCAUCCCACAGCACCUGCUCAAGGCCUUUGAUGAGAAAGAGCUGGAGCUGAUUGUGUGUGGCCUGGGGAAGAUCGACAUCCACGACUGGAAGUCUCACACGCGGCUCAAGCACUGCACGACCGAGAGCAACUGUGUGAAGUGGUUCUGGAACGCCGUGGAGUCCUUCGACGAGGAGCGACGCGCGCGACUGCUGCAGUUCGUCACCGGCUCCUCCAGAGUUCCCCUGCAGGGCUUCAAGGCGCUACAAGGGGCUGCAGGACCGAGGCAGUUCACCAUCCAUCAGAUUGAUGCGAACACCAACAACCUGCCCAAGGCCCACACCUGCUUUAACCGGAUUGACAUUCCCCAGUACGAGCACUAUGACAAGCUAUACGACAAGCUGCUGACAGCCAUCGAGGAGACGUGCGGCUUCGCCGUGGAGUGACGGGGGCGGGCAGACGAGAGCGACACACGCAGACACGCAGACAGACCGACAGACAGACAGACAGACAGACAAACAAACCGACAGGGAAGGAGGGAGAGAUGGAGGAAAGGAGAGAGAGGGGAGUCUGGGCCUCAGGGCUGCUCUUCCAUACAGCCAACCAGCCCCCUCUGGAGUCACCUGGAGCAGCAGCAGCCAGGCGUCUCUCCACCAGUGGUGGCUACGCUCCAGAGCAGAGGAAGGGAGGCUCACCACGAAGAACACUCUUGCCUAUUCACCCUGUUUGUUUUUUUUGUUUGUUUGUUUAUUUGUUUUAGUUUUUUUUUUACUAUUAUUAAUUUUAGUUUGUGUGUGAAUGGGGAGGGUGUUUGCUCCGUUCUUCCUAUAUUUAGAUGAUGUUUUCUGUUGUUUUUUUUUUUU